CAAGUCCGCUGCCAAGAUACUGUUGAUUUAAUCAAAGCUAGACAAGCAACUUUGAUGAAAGCAAGACAGCAAAUGGAACUAGAACAUAUAAAGCGGAGUUGUGAUUUACCUGUUGGCUCCCAAAUCUUGCAUGAACAGUCCUACACCUUUUGGUCUCCACAGUGUACCAGUAUUCUCUUAGGUGGACACCCUGGCUUCUAUCGCAGGAGGUCUGUAGCUAAUACCUCUUCUAGCUACAGUUUUCCUGUGGGUUCAUACACUUCUUUUCCUAGCAACCAUCUUCCUAUCCAAGCAACAAAGGAAAACUUUCAGUUGGAUCUUUACAUGGAAGAGAAGGAGGAACAACUACUUAGCCAAGGCUUAAUCACAGAAGACCUUACCACCCAAGGUCCAGUUGCAUCCAUUUCUCGAAGCAAACUUGAAGCUAGAACCAGCGGUUCCACUCAGAAAGAAGCUUCUGCUGGUGGGGUGAUGAAAAAUCACAGUGGAAGCAGUUUAGUUGUGUUGAAGGAAAAAAUAAUGGGUGGGAUUGUGGCAGGAGCAGCUUCUAUUCAGAGUUCAGCUAAAGAUGGCCAUUCCUAUCAUCGACCUGUGAGAAAGUUAAUGCGUCACAGUCUUACUUGGCAAUCUCAUGAAAAUAACUUUCAGAAACCUUCCUUAGACUCGCAGACCCCUACAAGUAACCUGAAACUUCAUGAAGCACUUAGUAAUGAUGACAAGAAGGAUGAAGGGGCAGACUUGGAAGAAAGUUCCAGACUACCAGCCACCAAGAGGCAUUCUCAGCCCUGUGGUGGCCCUGUUCUCGUGAACAGUCACUUGACAAGGACACAGAGUAUUCGAGCAAGCCCAGAACGUGGCCAAGGAAAACAGCAACAUGCAAAAACCAAGAAACAACUGAAGUUAAUUAUGCGGGAGAUGAUUCAAACAGAGCAAGAUUAUGUCAACUCCUUGGAGUACAUCAUUGAGAAUUACAUACCUGAGCUGCUACGUGAAGACAUCCCUCAAGCACUGAGAGGUCAAAGAAAUGUGAUUUUUGGAAACCUAGAAAAAAUCUUUGAAUUUCAUAAACACUACUUUCUUAGUGAGCUAGAGCAAUGUAAUGACUCUCCAUUUCUUGUUGGUCAGUGUUUCUUACAAUAUGAAUCACAGUUUUAUCUUUAUGCUUUGUACAAUAAGAAUAAACCCAAAUCAGACUCCUUAAUGGUGGAAUAUGCAAGCAUAUUCUUCAAAAAGAAACAGUUGGAGUUAGGAGACAAGAUGGACUUGUCUUCAUAUUUGCUUAAACCUGUACAAAGAAUGGGAAAAUAUGCUCUUCUAUUGAAACAGUUACUGAAGGAAUGUCCAGAGAAGAACUCGGAGUACCAAGAUCUAAAGGCUGCAGAAGAGAUGGUUCGUUUUCAGUUACGACAUGGUAAUGAUUUGCUGGCUAUGGAUGCUUUGAGGGAUUGUGAUGUAAAUGUAAAAGAACAAGGACGUCUUCUCAGGCAAGGGGAGUUCAUAGUUUGGCAAGGACGAUCUCGUAAGUCAUUGCGGCACAUUUUCCUCUUUGAAGACCUCAUUCUUUUUAGCAAAGCACGACAGGAUUUCAAUCAAAAGGGCCAGGAGAUUUACCAGUACAAGCAGAGCAUCAAGACCUCUGACAUUGGAAUGACAGAACAAAUGGGAGAUAGCCCCACUAGAUUUGAAAUUUGGUUCCGUAAGAGAAAACUAAAUGAUACCUACAUACUUCAGGCACCAAGUCCUGAUGUGAAAUAUGCAUGGGUUCAGGAAAUCUCAAAGCUUUUGUGGAAGCAAGCCCUAAGAAACAGAGAAAUGCGUUUGGCAGAAAUGUCAUCAAUGGGGAUUGGCAACAAACCAUGUCUGGAUAUUAGGCCUAGUGAAGAUCAGAUCAAUGACCGCCUCGUGAUGAUCGAGCAGAACCACAGAGUACCUCGGUUCAAGAAUUCAGUUGCAGUGUCAUCAUAUGACCAACUACGAAAUAACAAACGGCCUCACUCUAUCAUUUCUGUGAGCAGUUCCUCUUCAGGAAGCAGCCAAUCUUCAUGUACUGCUUAUGGAGCCUUAGGCCUUGGCUUUGAUUCAUGUUUCUUGCAGAGCCUUGUGGCAGAAGAGUCUCAGUUUUCAUCGGAAAGUGGUGUCGAAACAGAUGUCAGUAUGCUAGGUGAUUGUUCACUGGAGGUAGACAGGCCUCACCACAAAAAACCAGAACGUAGUGAUAGCAUUCUCUCAAAUGAUUCAGUCAUCACAAACUCACCUUCACCAGUAGCCCUACUACAUGAAGAGCAACUAUUGGAGGAGGCCAGGGAGAACACUGUUAUGUAAUCUACCAUACUAACUAGUCAGAUGGAUCCAAGUACGAGUUAUCAAAAUUGUGCCAAACGGUUGACCAAAACAAACAAAGCAGUAAUGGGUCUAGUAUUUAAAACCACCAUACAUGACUACAAUAAUGUAACAAAUAGGGCAUUUUGUUUGUGUAUCAAACAAAAGAUAACGAAAAAUACCAAGUUGGCUUAGACCUAAACAGUGUGUAAUGUAAGUGUU